UUCCAAAGAGGAUGGGAGGAAGCUUUGGCACUCCGCCUCGGUUACCCGACAUUGACUUCGGAGGGAAGACCGUAAUCGUAACCGGUGCAAAUACAGGAAUCGGCUAUGAGACUGCGAAGGCGCUUGCCCAGAUGGGGUCAAAGGUCAUAUUAGCGUGCCGUUCUGAAGUAAAAGCAAAUGAGGCCUUACAACGAAUGAAAGACGAGCACGGCAAAGAGAAAUCUUCGCAGAAUGACGCAAGGAUAUGUAUCAAGGCAGAAGAUCUGGAUGUAGAAUUCAUGACCCUUGACCUCGGGUCAUUAGCAAGUACUAUGACGUUUGUCGAGGAGUACAAGACUAAGGGAUAUCCUCUCCACGUGCUCAUAUGCAACGCUGGAAUGGGAUGGGGACCAGAUGAGCCGACAGCAGACGGAUUCGAGAUUCAUUUCCAGGUUAACUAUCUCUCUCACUUCCUGCUUAUACUUCAUUUACUUCCGGUUAUGAAGUCAACUGGUAUCGAUACACGGAUUGUUCUGAUAUCGUCUUUAAUGUAUCGGAAUUCAAAGUGGGAUCCGAAAGACUUGCAAUGCUUCAAUGAGAAAGAUAAGAUGAUAAUUUAUGGGACAACGAAACUAUACCAGAUCAUGCAGAUGUUCUGUCUGGCAAGAAGACUAGAGGGGUCAAAGGUCAGCGUGUUUUCGGUACAUCCGGGUAUGGUUGAUACAGAGUUCAACGCACGCCCAGGUCAACCAAUCACAAGAGGGAGCAGAGUUUUCCUGAGGGCAACAAAGUCAUUAAGAAUGAUUAGGACGCCUUUCGACGGGGCUUUGACUGGACUUCAUGCCGCUGCUAACCCGGCAUAUGAUUCUAAAACGGCGCUCUAUUUCGCGAGCUCCAGGCCGCGAAAUCUUACUGCUUUACCCAGAGACAAGGUAAAGCAGGAGCUUUUAUGGGAAUACUCUCUCGAUUGUCUGAAGGAUUAUAUCACAGAAGAUGUGUUAAAGGAAUUGAACUGAGUAGAGAAGACCUCACCCACGGUGUCCAAUGCAUCAUAUGAUUAUAGGCCUAGUGUAAUUAAAAAGUAACUAAAUAUUUAAUAACACGAUUUCUUGAAAGUUUCUGUCCUUUUGGGAUACAGGGUGCUAUGAUAUAUAUAUGUAUGUAUAUAUAUGUA